AAUGUUUCUUUCUUCACAUAGAGGAAGAAGACAUGGCUGCUGCUGCAUCCUUAAAGAAACUCUUCCUUUUGUUUGCUCUCUUCUCAACAGUUUUCAUCUCUCAAUCUUCCCAAACCCAUGGUUACUCUAACGGGUUCAUAUCAACCUCCUCCUAUCCAACCACCAUUAGCAGCAAAUCAACUAAUCAUGAACAAAAUGAGCUAAACAGGAUAGAAGAAGGCCUAAAAAGAGCUCGAUACGCGAUUCGCCGAGCAGCUCGUAAACGGAAUCUUACUAAUUCCGAUAGCAAAGAGAAGGAUGAAUUCGUCUCAAGAGGUUCUAUUUACAUUAAUCCAUAUGCAUUUCAUCAGAGUUAUAUCGAGAUGGAGAAGAGAUUGAAAGUGUGGACGUACAAAGAAGGCCAACAGCCACUAUUCCAUGAUGGUCCAUUAGGCUACGUUUACUCAACAGAGGGACAUUUUAUAGAUGAGAUGGAAAGUGGAUUGAGUCCGUUUACAACUCAAAAUCCUGAUGAGGCUCAUUUGUUCUUCCUUCCGUUCAGCGUGGUUAACAUCAAGAGAUUCAUUCUCGCACCAAAUCCAUCGAUCCCGUGGACAUGGCUUCAACUGUUUGUGGAAGAUUAUAUAAAGGUUGUCUCGGACAAAUAUCCGUUUUGGAAUAGAAGCAGCGGAGCUGACCAUUUUAUGGUUUCAUGCCAUGAUCGAGGGACACAAAUUUCUAGUGCUUUUCCGCGCGAGUUGUUCAAGAAUUUGAUCAGGGUUCUUUGUAAUGCCAACACCUCAGAAGGUUUCCAUCCCAUCAGAGAUGCAACACUUCCUGAAGUGAACCUAAAACAUGGAGAACUUGGUCAUCCGCAACUCGGCAAUCAACCUACUACGAAUCGUCCCAUCCUUGCUUUCUUUGCUGGCCGAGCACAUGGUUAUGGGAGAAGUGUGUUAUUCAGUUAUUGGAAAGAUAAAGAUGAUGAGGUCCGAGUCUAUGAGAGCUUGCCGAAACCGCUGAACUACACUAAUUUGAUGACCCAGAGUAAGUUUUGUCUGUGCCCAAGUGGAUAUGAAGUUGCAAGUCCUAGGAUUGUUGAAGCAAUAUAUGUUGGGUGUGUUCCGGUCAUACUUUCUGAUCAUUAUGUACUCCCGUUUAGCGAUGUACUCAACUGGAGCCAGUUUUCAAUUCAAAUUCCGGUUCAAAGAAUACCUGAGAUUAAGGUUAUCCUGAAAAACAUUUCAGCCGUGGAGUACCUAAAAAUGCAAAGUAGAGUACUGCAAGUGAAGAGACAUUUUAUCCUCAAUAGGCCUGCUCAGAGAUUUGAUUUACUUCAUAUGGUACUCCACCCGGUGUGGUUAAGGAGCCUUAAUAUAGGGUUCACUUCUGAAGUUGGUGGUUAAAGAAAUUUGAUUGAUAUAUCAGUAACAUUUUGGCAUUACAAUUUCAGAACUCUGAGGAUUUUUUGUAACAUAAAAAAAUAAAAUAAAAAAAUAAGUGAAAACACGGAUGAUUU